AUGGAAUCCCUUAUUGGUUACGGAAGUGAUGACGAUGUUGAAACUGAGCGAAGCAGUCGACACGCAGUGGUGGGAUCCUCCAGGCGUCGGGAGGACGAUACUAACUACGAUGAUGUCAAUAUGGAUUUGAGUGAGGAAUCCCAGAGUGUGGAGUCAGAGCCUGAGCUGCCACCGGCUGAUUUCAGUACACGAAGAUCGUCUAGAGAACAUAGAAGAGGAUCUAAUGAUGAUCGUACACGUGACAUGGGUCGCGAUCGUUAUAGUGAAGACAUGCGUGAGCGGGACCGAUACCGUGACGGUCCCAGAGACCGGGAGCGAGACUGUCUCAGAGACCGAGAACGAGAUGGUCCUAGAGACCGGCGGCGAGACGAGCGAGACAGACGCUCACCCAAGAGAGAUGACAGGCAUAGAGAUCGCUUUCGGGGUGCACAAGAUUCUCGCCGUGGCUUGCUAGGAGACAGACCUGAUGAAAAAGCUGAUAAGAUGCCUGCAUUGAUGGACCUGAAGCCCUAUGACGGGGAAGCACCUCCAGGCAGAGGCCAUGAUGCAAGGGAUGCUGUCUCGCCCAGAUUCACAGAGCGAGGUCGUCGCGAUAGGGAUCGAGAACGUGAGAGAGACAGAGGCAGAGACAGGGACAACAGACACUCACAGAGGUCAGGAAGAAAUGAGCGGUCUCGUUCACGUGGGGCAGCCUACCCCCCACCACAAGCACUGGCUUCAGAUAGAGACAGACGAGGUUCACCUCCAUCUGCAGAUUAUAGACCAUCUUCAUACAAAGUUAACAGGAAACUUGAAGUCAUGGAAAAAAUGGGGCUGCAAAUUAAAACCCCAGAUGGAUCGAUGGCUACGGCGCAGCAACUACGUGCUGCGGCCAGCGAGGCUCCAAGCGGUCUACCGCCGUAUUACAACCCUGCAGCUGUACAUAGUAACAAAGCACUCGAUCAGAAACGCAAGUUGCUGUGGUCUCAUAAGGAAAAGAGUGAGUCCACUGCGGCGUGCUGGUCAGGAGCGAGGUUCGCACAGGACGACGAUGGGAAACAAGUCUCCAAGUUCAUGAGGCUUAUGGGCAUCAAGGAUGGUGCUGCAGCUGCCGCGAAACCUGAGGCGGCAGUGGCGGAUCCUAAUAAGAAACAAGAGGAGCUGUUCCAAGCAAUGCAGGCACAGUAUGAAGUGGCUCGAGCAACUACUCACACCAUGAGGGGAGUAGGCCUGGGCUUUCAACGGGGGAACUUCUAA